AGUAGGGAUGUCUUCGUACACUCCAUUACCCGUUAUUCUAAUUUAGGUUAAGUUUAAAGUUCCAAAUAUGAUUAUCCACUUUUCUUAUGCUGUUAAAAGUCUGAAAUAAUGUUUAUGUCAUGGAUCUAAGGAAGUUUUUUUUCCUUUCUUAUGAAAAUAUACAUGUAUAUAUAAUGGAAGAGGACAUUGAUAUUUAUGGAGAUUUAAUAAAUUUUAAUCGUAAUGAAUGUGACAAUUGUCAUGCAAAUAUCUCAAUAUUAAAGUCGAAAGCGACAGAAUUAGAGGAUCUUAUCCAAGUAUUAGAAAAAGAAAUUGAAAAUUUAAAAGGCUCUAACACAACUUUAAAAAUAAAUUUAUCCUCGCUUUUGAAGACAGCAAAAAAUGAAAUUGUUAGAAAAGAUCGUAUAAUUAAUGAAUUAAGACAACAAUUAGACAAUAAUUCUUUUCGUCGAAAUAAUAAUCGAUUAUCAAACAUCCGUAAGUCAAAUGAUGUUGAUACUGUCUCUAAAUAUAAGAAUGAACUUGAUGAAAUAAUAAAUGUUAAAAAGGAAGAACCAAUAAUUCAGAUUAAAGACACUGCGUAUUGUAAUCCAAUAAAUACAUUCAUUACUAACAAUGAAAGCGAUAAACAAAUUAACUUUGAUGAUACUCCGGUGUCUACUAUUUAUGGACAACGUUUAAAAAAAAAAAUACGCCAAGAAAAAAUUGAGAAAUUAGACAAUGAACAAGUGAGAUAUUUCACUUCUGCAUCUAUUACAAAUACGGAUCGUGAAUAUGAUGAAAAAUCCCAACCUGUUAAUUUAGGUGAUAAAGAAAAUCGAUAUUCGAUUUUAUCAAGUUCUAGCAAAAUUGAUGAAAAAUCAUCAAGAAAAAUUACGAAAAGAUCUAAUGAUACCAUAUCCAAUUCAAGUUUUGAUAAACGAACAAAAUUUAAUGAUGAUCAUCAUAAAGAUGACAAAUAUCAAAACAAAGGUCGAUUUGAGUUAAAAUCAGAAAAAACAUACUCAACAAAAAAUUCUCACGAAAAACGGGACAAACACACUCACCACAAUAGAAGUAAAGAUACACGUCUUUAUGUCCAUGAAGGUCAUUAUUCUAGUCUUGUGAAUGAAAAGUCAAUUAAUGUGUCCCAUAGCAAACUUAAUUCCCGCUGCCAACCAGAUGCUGGUUUAAAUACUGAAAAUAAAUCUACAAACCAUCAUAAUAUCACAGGUCAAAAAGUAGAGAAUAUUAAUUCUUUCAAUGUUGGAUAUAAUGUGGUCAAAAUUGAAAACCAGGUACAUCAUAAAAUCGAUAGAAAUGUAAGUAAUCAUCAUGUUAUGAACAUCGAGCAUGAUAACAACAUAAGUGAUAAACUAAAUAAACCAUACACCAUCAAAUAUGAUAAUAGUAGUAGCUAUAAAGAUACAAGUAGCGAGAGCGAAAAAAAAUAUUACGCCAAAAAACAGACAAAAUCAGAAUUAUUACCGGACAUUCAGGAAAACUCUAAUGAUUUCUGCAGUUUGACUGAAAUAAAAUAUCCUAAACUUGAAUUUGUCAAAAACUAUCAAAUGGGUUUUAAAUCUUCAAACGACGACCAAGUGCCUAGAAUUCCGAAGAUUGCGCCACACAAAUCGCCAGAAUGGAAUAAUAUUCACAAAUAUAAAAUAUCGACUGGAGCAUUAUCAACUAACAUAAAUACUUUAGAUACUUUAAAUUCAACUCAUAUGAUUACCGGGGAGUUGGAAUCUACUGAAAAAAAAUGUAUUUUGAAGACCUUUGUAAAAAAAAGUAUUGAAAGUGUUGAUAAUUUUCUUAAAGAAGACGAUAUUCAUGUUACCAAAAUUUCAGAAAAUAUUCCUGACACAGAUCGUAAAAAUUUGAAUUCACCUAAAGUUGGCUUCCGUAAUACCGCAAAUAGUGAAAACGAUGUGUUGACACAGAUAUUGACUGAAGUAAAUAAGAAAAAUAUUGAAAAUGAAUGUUUAAAUACAGAAGCAACAACAAUUAAUAAAAUAGUUGAAACUAACACAAAUGUAUCGCAACGAGUAAAAUUAAACCAAAACUCUGACAGUGGCUCUAUUGAAAUACUAAAUAAUGGAAGUGAAAUUUCUUUAAAUAAAACUGAAAAAGAUUUUUCUACAAAGAGUAGUUUUGAAAAUACUUCAGAAUCUCAGACACUAGAAAAAAAAGCAACAAUAAUAGAUGAAAAACUCGAAAAAGUUUUAGUAAGUUCUAACAAUAAGGUUUCAGUAAGCAAAUUAGCUGAAAAGAACUUUAACAAUGCCCCUAAUAUGAAUGAAAAUAUAUCCAAUUUUAAUGGAGCGAUCGAAACUAUGUCAGAUGACAGGACUUUACAAUUGAAAUCUUCGGAUAAAAAAUUAGAAAGUAUGCGUUCUUUAUCGCAUGUGAAUGAGCAGAAAUUGAGCGUAAAAAUACCAGAAACAUUAAAUACUUUAAACGAUAAUGCCAAUAAGAUGAUUCUUAGCGAUCCUUUAAAAUAUUAUUGUACGAAAACAACGAACUCUAUGACACCUGAUUCAAAUCAAAAGAAAAAAGCUAUAGUAUUUUGUAGGAGAAGAAAACCAAUUCGGUUGACUGAUAGUUCGAUUUCGAUGAUAAUAGUGGUAAGUGAGGAUGAUAAAACUCAAAAUCCUAGUUAACAUGUAAUGAUACAAAAUAAAAUGAUUGUGUUGUAAAAAAUUAAUUAUUUACUUUUUUAUUAUCAUGGAUUUAUCUACCUGUUAAAAAAUUGUAUAGUUACACAUUUGUCUUACUAAAAAAUAUAUUAAUUAUCUUAGUAAUAGAAAAAGUUAUAAUGAGCUCCAAUGGUAUUCUUAGUAUUACUGAAACAUAUUGCCCCAUAUCUAUGUAAACGACCAAAUAGGGUAAGAAAAAAUUUUUGAAUAUUUUAUGUGUACAUUUAGUUCAAUCAUCAAACUUGUAAAUAAUCAAUAAACGGUAUAUUUUAUUAUU